GCUCAAGUUCAUUCUCAAGACCGCUAUCUUCAACAAACAGGUUCGCGGUAGGUGUAGUAAGCAUAGAUUGAUAGUAUUUCGCUCCCCUGCUCCCCAAGGACUUUGGUCUCGUGAGGGUACAACGGACACGGAACCUACUGUAGGCCUCCAAACUAUUGUGACUGUUGAUUCCGAUGCCGCUUGAACAUUUAAAAGUUGCUCGUUUGAUUGACGCGUGAGAACUACCCUGUUUGUUCUUGUUUAUCUGCUUCUCCUCCUCGCAAGAAUUCCAUAACCAUGUCGGCGACCAGUAUGGUUCUCUCGUCCACGACCCCUUCCCUCUCGUCCGCCGCGUCGCGGAUGGUCGGUCUCGUGAGUAGCGCUGGGUGCAGAGCCGAGGCCCGGCACUUCUCCGCAGCUGGAAGACGGCACGGGAAUAGGUCGUCUCCCCUCUACGUAAAUUCCCCAGCGGAUAGCUCUACCACGACAACGACCCGGUUAGUUCUCGGCGGAGUCGGGGCUUCUACAAGUUCCGUCGCGUAUCCCCACCCAGGUCGUGGAACCAGUUUUCCUUCCUCGUCCUCCACUGCACCAUAUCUUUCAACCUAUAGCAGCAACACACCCUCGUCCUCCUCCACCAGAAGUUCGCCUUUCCACCACACCUCUCAGCGUCGCUGCAUCGCGGUGAUUGCUGAGCCUACCCCGAACCCCGAGUCCAUCAUGUUUUACCCGCAAGCGCAGGACGUGCUGGGCAAAGCCGCGAAGACAAAGACCUUUCAAGACAAGGCCACUGCCCGCUCGAGCCUGUUGGCCACCGCGCUCUUCAAGGUGCACGGUGUCGCGCAGGUCAUGCUUGCAGCGAGACACGUGACGAUUACGAAACAGCCAGAUAUCGACUGGGAUUUCGUCCGCCCCAAUAUCGAGCUGGUACUCUCUAGAAUGUUUCCAUGCGGCCGAAUAAGUUGAAUUUCUAGCUAUAGCAAGGUUUGGUCCUAUCUUCGACCCAAGAAGGGUCUGACUAAAGUCGCGUCUGGCGACUUUAUUCAGAACUCGAACAGAAAAGACAGAAAUGUAAAAACUUCUUCUCUGCAUUUGGAGGUUUUGCUUUUGGACAGUGAAAACCAAUCAACAGGUGAUGUCUCAAUUUUUCGCUGCUGGCCUCGAGGUAAUCGAUCCUCAAGAAAUCGAUUACUACCAAGAUGGGCAAUCGCGCAUGCCGAACCCCGUUGCGGAUGGCGUAGAUGUUCCAGAAAAGGUACUAAGCAUCAUUUACAGCCUGGGUUUAUUGCUUGGGCGCGGCAUCAAAUGAUUGCUUUCGAAUUCGAUUCAUUAUCUUAGCAUAUUCGCGUAGUGCUGGGCCACUUGCACGGAAGAUGCUUCGUCCUAGUUUCAUGUAGUUAGGUCAUUUGAAAAGUAGUCACCUAUUUUUACAACCACAAAACCCCAGCCCGACGGCAGUUCGGAGAACUUUGAGCAGGAGCUUUUGCAGCUGCUGGAGGAGCGGGUGCAGCCGUUCGUGCAGCAGGACGGGGGCGACGUGGAAUACGUCAAAACGGAGAACGACGUCGUCUACCUGCGGAUGAUGGGUGCGUGUUCCGGCUGCCCGAAGAGCGGCAUUACGCUCAACAUCCAAAUCAAGCAGCUGAUCCAGCACUAUUUUCCCCAUAUCCAGGAUGUCGCCGAGUACGUGGACCCGGAGGAAGAAGUGAUCCCGAGGGGGCACUAG